AUGCGGCGUGAUUGUCCUACAGAAAGGAAUUCUACAUCUGAUAGCAGAUCAUGUUAUCUAUGUGGACAACGAGGACACCUAGCACAUAGUUGUUUCAUGCGAAGGAAUGCUCCUUCAGUUGGUAAGCCCCAAGAGAACCCGCAAAGACAGAGGACAAGUGGGAAAGUCUUUGCGAUGAUAGAGAAGGAUGCGGCAGCAUCUAACGCAGUUGUUGCAGGUAAUAUUUCUAUUGCCCCGCAAUGUGCUUAUGUGUUGUUUGAUCAUGGUGCUACACAUUCCUUUAUUUCUACUAAAUUUAAAAAGAAGUUUGAUGUGUUACCUGAGCCUCUUGAAUAUGAAUUGCGUGUCGAUACUCCUACUGGUGAUUUCUUAGUUGUUGAUCAUGUGUUGAAGAGAUGUGUGCUCCUGAUUAAUAAUGUUGAAAUGCCUAUGGAUCUAGUGGAGUUAAAUAUUCAAGAUUUCGAUAUUAUUAUAGAGAUGGAUUGGUUAUCCACAUACCGUGCUUAUGUUGAUUGUUUUUCAAAGAAACUGAUUUUUAGACUUUCGAGUCAACCCAAAUUCUCUUUUUCGGGAAGUUGUAAAGACACUUUUCAAAGGUUGAUCUGGGCUUUGCAAGCGAUGAAACUUUUGAGAAAGGGUUGUUGUGGUUAUUUGGCUUGUGUAAAAGACACAAGUAAGGUUGUAGUAAAGUUGGAAGAUGUUCCGGUUGUUAGAGAAUUUUCCAAUGUGUUUCCCGAGGAUUUACCAGGUUUGCCUCUUGAUAGAGAAAUUGAGUUCUGUAUUGAAUUGAUGCCCGGUAAAGCACCAAUCUCUAAGGCAACGUAUCGGAUGGCACCUGCUAAGUUGAAAGAAUUGAAAACACAAUUGCAAGAGCUUUUGGAUAAAUGUUUCAUCAGACCUAGUGUCUCGCCUUGGGGAGCUCCAGUUUUACUUGUGAAGAAGAAGGACAGUAGUUUGAGGCAUUGUAUAAACUACCGAGAACUUAACAAGGGAGCUCAGGUCUUUUCUAAGAUCAACCUUCGUUCUGGGUAUCAUCAAUUGAAGAUAAAAGUAGAUGAUGUGCCUAAAACUACUUUCAGAACAAGGGUGUUCAGGAAGUAUCUAGACAAAUUUAUUGUGGUGUUCACCGAUGACAUUCUAGUGUUUUCGAAGAGUUUGGAGGAUCACGAACAACACUUGAAGUUUGUCCUACAGACUUUGCAUGAAAAGAAGUUGUAUGCUAAAUUCAAUAAGUGCGACUUCUGGCUUGAUCAUAUAGAAUUCUUGGGUCAUAAAGAGCUAAACAUGAGGCAAAGAAGAUGGUUAGAACUGUUGAAGGAUUAUAACCUGUCUAUUAAUUACCAUCCAGGAAAGGCUAAUGUGGUAGCGGAUGCCUUGAGUAAUAAGUCUUUAGGAAAUAUGACAACUUUACUUACUUCUCAAAAGCCUAUUCUUGAAGACAUGGGGAAGUUGGACUUGGAGGUAUUAAUGCAUCAACUUGGUGCUCGGUUAGCUAAUCUUCGAGUACAACCGACAUUGAUUGACAGAAUUAAAACUAAACAGAAUAAAGAUCCCCAAUUGCAGAAAUUCAAAGAAGGCGUGAAGCUGGAGGACAAGCAGACUUCAGUAUACACGUAG